AUGAAAAAUGAUUUCGAAGCGAUCAGAAAGUUCGAGCAAAAUUUGCAAAUCAGUUAUCGGAAUUGUGUCGAAAAUGAGAUCAGAAAGUUCAAUGUCACCUAUAUUUCAAAUGCUGAAAUGAUUCGUUUUUGUGAGCCAUACGUGUUCAAUAGAACUUCGAAUCACGGAGAUUGCUCGAUUCGAUUGGGAAAAAUGUCGAACAAGUGCGAAUCUUUGCGAAGAUGCUGUCAACCGGCUGCUCGAUGUGAGCAAUCGGUGAUGUAUAGCGAAACUGGAAGAACUUUAACCGGAAUGCGAGAGGAAAUUGAUAUCAAAAUGGCAGAAUGUACUCAAUAUGAAGAGGAGAAAGUUGAAAGAAAAAUGAAUAACGGCUUAGAAAAGCCGCAUCAAAAAAAGCAGAAAAAGAUCAAAAUCAUCGAUUCUCCGCCAUUUUCACUCUGCUUGAAGUACUUGAAAUGUCAGCAAGAUGCUCAUGAAAUGAGAGUGAAUUGCUCGAAAUCAACAAAUCCUCAUUCAAUUGAUGCAAUCGACGCCGAAUCCAGCGAAUCAGAUUCACUUGCAAGAUGCAGAAAUCAAUUUGUGGGCGAUCAUUCGAAAAUGAAUCAGAAGCGUGAAGAGGCAUUCCAAUAUCUUGAUAAGUGUGUUCCAAAUGUCAAUGUGACGCGAGAGUUCAUGAUUACUAGUCGUGUAUGUCGUGCAAGUACUUUGAAAGAACGACCAAUGCGGCUUCAUCAAAACUGUCAUGUUCAAGUUGCCCAAAAACGGAAAGAAUGCUCGCUUCUCCGCGAUUGUUGCGUUCAAGCCGAUGUUUGUGAACGCAGUGCGUUAUACGCUGUUAUAUCUGAUGAAUACCUACUCAGAAGAACUCAGUUGCGUCAAAAUUUUGACGAAUGUUUGAUGAAGUCAAUCGAGAAUCUUAACCAUGUACAAUAA